AAAAGAUAAAACAAAAAAGCUAAAGUUCACCCUGGAAGUCGAAGACAAGCAUCCAAAUAUUUUCCUUUUUUCUGACAAAAAAUUGUCACAGACCAAACAUCAGAACUUGUAAAAAAUUGUCAAAAUCUCAGUCUCUCUCCUCCUCCUCCAGCUAGCUCCUCCUGUUAGAGAAUCUUCCAUUCUGCAUUCCAUCCAUUUCCAUGUGAACUUCCCAUGUGUCAAACUUGACAACUUUUCACUAACCCCCCUCAUUAAGCUUCCUUCUACACACUUUUAAUUUCUUCUCACUCUGAUACAAACCCACCAUCUUCCAUUGCAGUUGCAGCAGCUACCAACUCACUUCCAAAUUCCAAUCCAAUCAACCCCACAACAAGCUCCAAUCUUUCACCGAUUUCUAGAUACCCAUUAGCCCAAAACCUCCAAAAACCAUGUCAGUCUCAUGUGGGGUAGAGUGCGUUUUCGUGCUCGGUUGCGCGCGGUGGCUAUGGAAGCGCUGCACCUACAUCGGCUCCUACGACAGCGCCACCUGGCCGUCCGCCACUGCGGUCGAGUUCGACCCAGUGCCGCGCGUCUGCCGCCUCAUCCUCGCCAUCUACGAGCCGGACCUCCAAAACCCGCAGCACUACCAGCUCGCCGGAGGCUACCGCCUGAACCCGGACUGGGUGGUCAAGCGCGUCGCCUACGAGGAGAAUGAGGGUAACGCGCCGCCGUACAUCAUCUACGUCGACCAUGAACACCGCGAGAUUGUGAUGGCGGUGAGGGGGCUGAAUUUGGCGAAGGAGAGUGACUACAAGCUGUUGUUGGAUAACAAGCUGGGGAAGCAGAUGUUUGAUGGGGGCUAUGUUCAUCAUGGUUUGUUGAAAUCGGCGGUUUGGUUGUUGAACCGGGAAUCGGAGACGCUGAAGCAGUUGUGGGUGGAGAAUGGUUCGGAGUAUGGGAUGGUGUUUGCUGGUCACUCUUUGGGGUCUGGGGUGGUGUCGCUGUUGACCAUUCUUGUGGUCAAUCAUAGGGAGCGUUUGGGAGGGAUUCCCAAAGAGAAGAUUCGGUGUUAUGCUGUUGCUCCUGCUAGGUGUAUGUCCCUCAAUUUGGCCGUCAAAUAUGCCAAUGUCAUUCAUUCUAUUGUGUUGCAGGAUGAUUUCUUGCCAAGAACUCCCACUCCACUGGAAGAUAUAUUCAAAUCAGUAUUCUGCUUGCCCUGCUUAUUAUUCCUGGUUUGCCUGAGAGAUACCUUCAUACCUGAGGGUCGAAAGCUAAGAGAUCCAAGGAGACUUUAUGCACCUGGGCGAAUGUAUCAUAUUGUGGAAAGAAAAUUUUGCAGAUGUGGGAGAUUUCCUCCUGAAGUAAGGACUGCUAUUCCUGUCGAUGGAAGAUUUGAGCAUAUUGUCUUGUCCUGUAAUGCAACAUCUGAUCAUGCUAUUAUUUGGAUUGAGAGGGAAGCAGAGAAAGCCUUACAAUUAAUGAAGGAUCAUGGUGGCUCCGAAACUGUGACAGUGCCGCCAACAGUACAGAAGUUUGAGAGGUUGAAGACCAUAGAAAAAGAACACAAAGAUGCUUUAGAAAGAGCUGUUAGCUUAAAUGUGCCUCAUGCGGUGGACGCUGAAGAGAAAGAACUGUCUGAGAACAAUGAAGAUGAGGCAUCCGGUAGUGGGGGACAAGACAACACCACCACUUCCGCCGCCUCAAGUACCCAAUCAAAAUCAAGUGUUGCAAGGUCAAACUGGAAUGAGGUUGUUGAGAAACUCCUAAAGAAGAAUGAAACAGAUAAACACAUGGAAAAUGAUACAAAUGUCUCACAAUAACAGCUUGUUCUACAUGUUCUUUGAUUUAGAUAGUCACACCCAUUUAUACAUUUGAAUCUUUUGUUUCUUCUACAUAUUCUUGUGUUUGUAAACAUGAUGAUGUAAAAAGAUAUUCAAUUCUUGGGGGAAAUCAAAAUUAAUUCCGAGUGGUGCUAUUCUGAAUA